GCCUCUCUCCGCACCUUACACAGGGAUACUGUCUCGAUAGAUCGCGUCAAGCCUGCGUUCAUCGAUGAACAACAGUUUGUUCCAUCAUCGACCUUAACGCAAUCUACAGGGCCACCUGUAACGACGCCCAGCUUUUCAGCUCCACCACAAUCCCAGUCACCAGAUUCGCCUCAAACUAAUACCAGUCACGGUAGAAGAGUUCGUAAACCUGUUCGUUUCUCCGAUUUUGUCGAAUUCAUCCACACCUCAUGAAUCUUUUUCAUUUUCUCUCGUUGUUUGUAUUAUGCUUUUCCGUAAAUAUCUGAAUCUGUCUCCCCGAGUUUUUCCCCCCAUCUAUCAGGUAAAGUCAUGAGGCUGGCACGUUUGGGUCCGUCCGUUCAAUGGUUGGCUGUUUCUCAAUUGUUUGGUCGUUUGGAUGCUUUGGUCUACCCCCAACGCUUUGUCGUCUCGCCCGCCCACGUUGGCCUUUGGAUCGUGGUCUGCUUGGCUCAAUUUGGCUCGCCUUGGUCGUUUGUCUGGCUCGCCUUCCUGGCUUUGGCUGCUCGUGUGCCUGGCUCGUUGUUUUUGGUCCCCCCACGGCUCGCCAGUACGAACAGGAUUUCAGCUUCGUUGUGGCAGUGGAUUGGAAUGCGGUGGAGGGAGUGACCUCUCCCAAGCGCACCGUCCUUCAGCAGCGGUGAAAGGUCCUACCGGCCCUUUUUCUGGAUUAUCCAGUUUUUUUGUAGUCCGGUGUGCCCGCUGGGACGGCCCACCGAUGAUGCAUUCCAAUCCACAAGAAGAAUAAAUAAUAUAAAUACUAACCUACUCCUAUGGUUCUGCCUUCUUACAUCUGCAAGCCAGCAACGAUCGAAGUCCUCGUCC